CAGCUGACCAACAAGUGAGACGGAGGUGAAUAGCUUGGAAUUGCCGUCGUCGACUUGUGCCGAAUACUAAGCAUGUUGCAGAAUCCUUCCAAAUAUCACGCAAAUCCCUUGUCACACUUCCUGGCAUUGCAUAACACACAAGCCAGCAGCGUGGCACACGCACAUGCACACGGACAUGGACAUGGACACGGGCAGGGACAGGGACAUGGACAUGGGCAUGGACAGCUGCAACCGCAUCAUACACUGCCAACGGCGGCGUUAGCUGCAGCAGCCGCGGCAGCUGCAGUGACGGCAGCGGGUCAAAGUUCGUAUCAAAUGGAGCUGCAGUCGCACCAACAGCAGCAGCAGCAACAACAACAACAACAACAGCAACAGCAACAACAGCACCAGCAGCAGCAACUUCCCAUUGGCCUCCCAACACCCACACAGGCACAAUCGCACACACACACACACAACCACCACAGGGAGCAGCUGGCGACUGCGACGUCGCACGCGCAGCUCAUUGAGGCGGCCGCGGCGCAUACCUCCCUCGAUGUGGGCAAGUCGUUUACAAUAGCCGCCAUUUUAGGUCUGCAACAGCAGAGCAAGGAGUAUAAUAAUGCCAUUAAUCUGUCGCUCAAUGGCGGCACGUCAGCAGCGGGCACAGGUGGAGGCGCUGCUGGUGCGGAUGCUCUCGACCAGGAUAACAAUAACAGCAAGUGCUACAAUAGCAACAGUGCCAACAGCAACAGCAACAGCAAUAGCAACCACAACAACAGCAGCAGCACUAGUUAUGGCACCAGCAACAACAAUAACAACAACAACAAUGGCCMAAGUGUAAAUAACUUCAAUUGUGAUAGCAGCGGCAGUCGCUACCUGCCCGCUGUACAACAUACUCUUCCGCAUCCCCACACCCACUCCCACUCCCAGCAGCGGGCAAAUUUUGCUGCUGCCGCUGUUGUCGCCGCCGCCGUCAGUGGAGCGCCCUCCGCACUGCAGAGCUUGCAACAGCUCCACCAGCAUCACGCGCAGCAGGCCUCGCUUAGCUUCCAACGUGACAAGCUCAAGUCGGACUCGCAGAAAAAAAGCGGACUGAAGAAUAAGCGCGUCCGAACUAUCUUCACACCAGAGCAGCUGGAGUGCCUGGAGGCGGAGUUCGAGCGCCAGCAAUACAUGGUGGGACCCGAGCGUCUAUACCUGGCGCACACACUCAAGCUGACGGAGGCCCAGGUGAAAGUGUGGUUCCAGAACCGUCGCAUCAAAUGGCGCAAGCAUCAUUUGGAGCUGACCCAACAGCGUUUGGCAUUGAUUAGACAAACUCAACUGCCAGGUGGAGGAGUGACAGCGGUGCCAGCAUCGACGAACACUACGUCUUCCGUGGAGCUGCCCCUGAACGCCGGCUGCAGCACAGCCUCGCCGAGCUUGCUAGAAGAGGACAAUGAGGACAGCAAACAGUCGCUAUCGCUACCGCUACGUCCAAUGAGUCGAGCGGCCUCCGAAUCCGAUUUAUCUAUAUGCAAUGACUCCCUGGAUUUAGACGGCGAUAGCCUUAUGGAUGGCAGUGAGGAGGCAUAAGCAAUCC